UAAUGCAUCAAAUCAUGCAAUCAAAAAUAUUUUUCGUGUAACUACAGGUUUCACCAAACUCAGUUUAAAUGAAAAGCGGACGACCUCAUGGCGAUCACGCGCGACAGACUUAAAGCGAGCUUAAAGAAUUUCUUAAAACGGGCACAGGAUGGGACCGUUGUUGAGUUAUCAGCCUUUCCACGCACCAAGUCGUAUCCACAGAUGGGUGCCUUGAAUUCUGUAUGUUUUACAUCAAAAGAACGGAAAUCUGAAACGCCACACAAAGUUUUAAAGAAAGAUUCGACAUCUCAAAUAUCCAAUAUCUCAAACGGCGAUAAUGGUUUACUUUCAAAACGACAGAAUAUAAACAUUAACUUGGAAGAGAUUCAAAGAGUGUCGGAUGAAAAGAUGAAACGAAAAGCGUUUAAUUAUGUUACCGGAUUGCAAAUGAAAAAUGAUCCCCAGGAGUUCAGCAAGGCAACUGAACUGCAAAAGAAUAAUUUAGAACCGUCUACAAUUGAACGCAAACAAGAUGACACCGAAAAGUUUAUGUGUAAAAUGGCAGGAUCAAGACCGAACGACGUGAAUCCAGAAAAAGAUUUUCAAGCUCACUCAAUGUCCGAACUAGCGGCAUACAAGAAACGAUAUUACGACACGCUGUUGAACAUUCAGAGAGCAAAAGUUGCAGUAACAAAUUCUUUAGCGUGUUCCUCGGAUCACUUGACAGCCUGUAACGAUCCGUAUUAUGCGAAUUACAUGUGUCAGCAGAAACACCUGUUUCACCAACAGCGUCAUUUCGCAGCGAGACCGCAAUUUUCGUCGUGUCCAACUGCGCUAUCCGGAUUAUCGAGUGAUCAAUAUAGUUGGACGAGACCCGACUGUAAAUAUCUAUUACUGAAACAAUUAAGACUUCAACGGCAGGCUUCGCCGUUAUAUACGCACAAUCAAGACGGUUGGAUUCAUUCCUACAACGGGCCUGUGUAUCCCUAUCCUCUCAUGUCGAACGGAAACAGUCGGACGAAGCAUUGCGUACGCCGUAAAGACUUGGAAAGCUUGGUCGGAAAUUUCGACGGAACUGAACGCGGUAGUGUUAACAAUUGAACAAUUUUUUGCUACGUUGAUUCAAUGAAAGCAGCCCGCACAAGCAGCACCGCUGUAUAUGUGCAUGCACAUCGAAAUAAGUUUAUCAACCUCGUUAUAUAUAACAUUUAUGUUCUUCCUCUAGCGCAUAUAUACUCCGUAUCCGUAACUUAAGGGGGGAGCCUGCUUUAGAACGUUGAAAAUAAGGUAUAAUUUUACGAAUUGUUUUUGGAGAAAC